UGCUUCUGACACACUUGUGUUUGCUAGCAACCCUCCAAAAAGACACAAUGGUGCAUCUGAGUGAUGGGGAGAAGAAUGCCAUUAGUACCGUCUGGGGCAAGGUGGAUGUAGAUGCAGUUGGUGCUGAGGCCCUGGGCAGGCUGCUGAUUGUCUACCCAUGGACCCAGAGGUUCUUUGAUUCCUUUGGGGACUUGUCCUCUGCAUCUGCUGUUAUGGGCAAUGCUAAAGUGAAGGCUCAUGGCAAGAAGGUGAUUGAUUCCUUUAGUAAUGGCCUGAAACACCUCGACAACCUCAAGGGCACCUUUGCAAGUCUCAGUGAGCUGCACUGUGACAAGCUGCAUGUGGAUCCUGAGAACUUCAGGCUCCUUGGCAAUGUGAUUGUGAUUGUGCUGGCCCAUCAUCUGGGCAAGGAUUUCACCCCAGAGGCACAGGCUGCUUUUCAGAAGGUGGUGGCUGGUGUGGCCAAUGCCCUGGCUCACAAAUACCACUAAGCUACCUUUCUUGCUAUCUAUCUCAUACAAAAGGCCUUUUGUCCCAGAGAACAACUACUAAAUAUUGGGCAACUUAUGAAGGCCUUUGAGCAACUGGCUUCUGCCUAAUAAAAUCAUUUUUCAUUGCAAUGGUG